AUGAAGUCCUCGACACUCGCUUUGCUUUCCUCGGCCGGAAUCGCCUCGGCGGCCCUCCAGGUUGAUUUGAGCUCGGCAGAUUCCAUCAAGCAAGCUGCGUCACAGGUAGCAUGGGACUUGCUACAAUAUUACAAGGGCAACCAGUCUGGCGCGACUCCUGGCAUUCUCCCGGGGCCACCUCCGGCGGGAGACUACUACUGGUGGCAGGCCGGCGCAAUGUGGGGGACGCUGGUUGACUACUGGCAUUACACCGGCGACACCGCGUACAACAAACUGUCGAGCGACUCGAUGAUUUUCCAGGCCGGCGCUCCUCAGAACAGCUACAUGCCCCCGAAUUGGACCGCCUCGCUAGGAAACGAUGACCAAGGGUUCUGGGGUCUCUCGGCCAUGUUGGCGGCCGAGGUCGGCUUCCCUAAUCCUCCACCCGACCAGCCGCAAUGGCUCGCGCUCGCCCAGGCUGUCUUCAACACUCAGGCGGCCCCUGAUCGUCACGACGACACCUGCAAUGGAGGUCUGCGGUGGCAGAUUCCAAACUACAAUGUCGGCUACGAUUACAAGAACGCCAUCUCCAACGGCAUCUUCUUUAACUUGGGCGCCCGUCUUGCUCGCUAUACCGGCAACCAGACUUAUGCGGAUAUCGCCACCAAGACCUGGAAUUGGGUAACGGGCGUGGGACUGAUGGACUCUGCUUGGAAUGUCUAUGACGGUGGCCACGUGCAGGUCAAUUGCACCGACAUCUUCAAGGCGCAAUUCUCAUACAACGCCGCCAUCUUCCUCCAAGGCGCUGCUUUUAUGUACAAUUUUACGAAUGGCUCCGAUGUCUGGAAAGAGCGGACGCAGGGACUGGUCGAUCGCACGGUCGAAGUUUUCUUCCACAACGGCCCCGCUGUCGAGGUCUCGUGCGAGCUCCAAAACAGCAUUCAGUGCAAGACUGAUAUGCUGUCCUUCAAGGGUUAUCUUCACCGCUGGAUGGCCCAGACGACACAGGUCGCGCCUUUCACUCACGAGAAGAUCAUGGCCACUCUUCAGAAGUCGACCGCUGCUGCCGUCAAGUCUUGCCAAGGUGGCCCUAACGGGCGCCAGUGUGGUUUCCGUUGGACGACGGGGCAGUUUGAUGGACUCUUGGGCGCCGGCCAGCAGAUGAACGCGCUGGCUGCACUGUCAUCACUCCUUGUCGAUCAAGCUGGUAUCAAGCCGCCGCUGACCAACAGCACGGGCGGUACGAGUCAAGGAAACCCCAACGCUGGACAGACCGCUACCGACGUGUUUCAUCAUCCGCCUCCCACGACGGGCGACAAGGCUGGAGCCAGCAUUCUCACCAUUCUCAUCCUGGGCGGCAUCAUGUCCUCCUUUGUGUGGAUGAGCACCGGCUUGUCAGAAAAGGGGAUGUAA